UACCGCAGGAGAAGAGUGGACAAAGCAAGAUGGCAGGGAUCUUAGCCUGGUUCUGGAACGAGAGGUUCUGGCUCCCGCACAAUGUCACCUGGGCGGACCUGAAGAACACGGAGGAAGCCACCUUCCCGCAGGCGGAGGACCUUUACCUCGUCUUCCCCCUGGCCUUCUGCAUCUUCAUGGUGCGGCUCAUCUUCGAGAGAUUUGUUGCCAAGCCAUGUGCCAUAGCUCUCAACAUUCAGGCCAAUGGACCACAAAUUGCCCAACCAAAUGCCAUCCUGGAGAAGGUCUUCACUGCAAUUACAAAGCAUCCUGAUGAGAAGAGAUUGGAAGGCCUCUCCAAGCAGCUGGAUUGGGAUGUUCGCAGCAUUCAACAUUGGUUUCGACAAAGACGCAACCAGGAGAAGCCUAGUAUACUAACCCGAUUCUGUGAGAGCAUGUGGCGAUUUUCAUUUUACUUUUAUAUAUUUACCUAUGGAGUCCGGUUGCUGAAAAAGUCCCCCUGGUUAUGGAAUACAAAGCUGUGCUGGCAGAACUACCCCUAUCAGCCACUCACUGCUGACCUUCACUACUAUUACGUCCUGCAGUUGUCAUUUUAUUGGUCUUUAAUAUUUUCUCAGUUCACUGAUAUCAGAAGAAAGGACUUUGGUGUCAUGUUCCUCCAUCACUUUAUCGCUGUUUUCUUGCUUUCCACUUCAUAUAUCAACAAUAUGCUCCGAAUUGGGACCCUGAUUUGCACAAUUCAUGAUUCAGCUGAUUCUCUUCUAGAGGCUUCUAAAAUGACAAAUUAUGCCAAGCUUCAGAAACUCUGUGAUUUCAUAUUUGUUAUAUUUGCCAUGGUUUUUAUCACCACACGGCUGGUCAUUUAUCCUAUCUGGCUUGUAAAUAGUACAUUAUUUGAAAGCUGGGAAAUAAUUGGAGCUUUCCCUUCCUGGUGGGUGUUUAACAUACUGCUGUUGGUAGUGCAAGGAAUGAACUGCUUCUGGUCUUACGUGAUUGUAAAAAUGGCUUGCAAAGCUAUCUCAAAAGGCAAGGCUGGGAAGUGGAACCCUUUACAUGUGUCCAAGGAUGAGCGGAGUGACAUUGAGUCAAGCUCAGAUGAGGAGGACUCAGAACCUCCAGGGAAGACCCCCCACUCUGCAACCACCACCAAUGGGACCAGUGGUACCAAUGGGUAUCUUCUGACUGGUCCUUGCUCUGUGGAUGAUUAGUUACAAAAAACUACAAGUCCUGAACUGCAACUGAACAAAAUCCUGAACAAAAUGAAUCGUUUGGUCCUGGAAGUGUUUCAUAAGUCAUAAAUGCAGUUCCUUCAUAAUAUUUCAGCAUCAAAAAUAAAAAUUAGAAUUAUCAAAGCAUUUUGAAUAGUGUACUGCCAUGUGUCCUGUCUGUGAAUGAAGAAAAAUUACCAUUCUCUAUAUGUAGGCAUGCUGUAUGUAACUGACACAAGGGAACAGUAUUUGCAUUUGUACUGUCUUAGAAUAUUUUUGGUAUUUGUCUGUGAAUCUGUGGACAUAAGAAGGUUUCCUCACUCCUUUGACUCUCUGGGUUUUUGACAGUGAGGGAGAUGCUCCACCUGCUUACAAUCCUUUCUCUUGCUGUGACUCAGUUUUCUAGGAGUAUCAGCUUACUUUGUCACUUAGAACCAGCCAAAUCCACUG